ACUUGUUCAUGCACGAUCGCAAAGUUCUCAUUAUGCGCAUAGCUACAUCGGUUGGACGUAGGAUAUAAAGAGAGUUGUACAGUUUGAAUUAAAGAAUGGCUCAAAAUAAUCAAGGCUAUGGAAUGCAACCACCCCAACAAACAAUGGGAAGAGAACCACAAGUUCAUCCACAACACCAACAACAGAUGACCACUGUAGUCGUCAACCAACCAGGUGUGAUGACUAAUCCUCUGUUGGUUGGCCAUGUUCAUGGAACCAGGGAAUGGACCACUGGGCUAUGUGAUUGUUGUUCUGAUGUUGGUAACAGUUUUUAUGUGUUUUGCUGUUAUUGUUGUGCUAUCAGCUCAAUUGCAGCACGCUUAGGUGAAAAUUGUUGCACUACCUGUUGUGUACCUGCUGCGGAAAUAGGUAUUAGAACAAGAAUCAGAACCCUUGGUGCCAUAAGGGGUGAUAUGUGCCAUGACUGCAUAAUCAUUGCAUGUUGUACUUUAUGUGCUGCUUGUCAGGAAACAAGGGAGUUGAACGCUAUGGGACUUUAAGGAAGACACAUAAAGACUACUAGUAUAGAUAUAUACUUAACUAGAUAAUAAAGAGUGUGAUAGUUUUACGAUUACCUUUAUAGCUAACUACUUAUAUUUACUGUUUUUGUGGUGAUACAUUUAUUUAUGACAGAUUUAAUUGCUUUAAAUCAGAAACUUUCAAUUGUUAUUAUUUUCCUCCUAAUACUUGAUUGUUGUCUUGUUUCUAAUCUAACACUUGUGUGUCAAACGUAAAUUAUCCUUUAAUAAAACAAUACAAAAGA